CACACUAACAGUCUACUUGAGACGUUUGGAGAGAAUGGAUCGUGUGCACUUCACCAUCAACGGGAAACAACACUCUGCCGGUCGCGAGAUAUCUUCAGACCUGUCCCUGCUGGAUUACCUGCGCGUGUCCUGCGAGCUACGAGGCACCAAGUAUAUGUGUCGCGAGGGCGGCUGCGGCGCAUGCGUUGUGUCAGCUGCAAGACCUGGAGAGAAGCAGGGUGCUGUCAACUCUUGUUUGGUAUCAUUGACAUCAUGUCAGGACUGGGACAUAACGACGAUAGAAGGAAUCGGCAACCGCCUGAUAGGCUACCACCCGAUACAGAAGACCCUCGCUAAGCUCAACGGGACACAGUGCGGAUACUGCUCACCUGGAUGGGUCAUGGCUAUGUACAGCCUUUUACAAAGUAAAAAGGAUAUCACCAUGUUAGAGAUAGAGAAGUCAUUUGGCAGCAACAUUUGUCGCUGCACCGGCUACCGGCCUAUUCUGGAGGCCUUCAAGAAAUUCGCCAGCGACGCACCAAAACCAGACAAUGCCACGUUAGACAUAGAAGAUCUCAACAUUUGCAAGAAAAGUGGAAAGACUUGCCGCAAAAGCAACUGCAGUGAAAGCGAAUGGUGCUUAGUAGAAGGUCAGGAUCUUAAAGAACCACAAAAGAUUGAAAUAGACCUAAAAGAUGGAAGGUCAUUCACUAAGGUAUAUCGUGUUGAUGAAAUAUUUGAAGUGUUGAAACAGAAAGGAGAUGACGAUUACAUGUUUGUAGCAGGAAACACAGCUAAAGGAGCUUUCCCGAUGCCGAAGGCUCCUCGUGUCCUCAUAGACAUAAACAGCGUCAAUGAGCUAAAAGGAUACCAUCUGGACCAGAACUUGAUCCUCGGAGCGGGUUGUACGCUGAACGACACAAUAGAGAUAUUCAAGAAACUCGCCUCCACGGAAGACAAUUUUUGGUAUCUUCGCAAGUUACAAGAACAUUUGCAGUUGGUAGCACAUAUUCCUGUUAGAAAUCUGGGAACCGUAGCUGGCAACCUGAUGAUCAAACACAAGCACAACGAAUUUCAAUCAGACGUAUUUCUUCUACUUGAGACCAUCGGUGCUUAUAUGACUAUUUUGGAUUCCAGUAAACAGGAGAAGAAAGUAACCAUAGAAGAGUUCCUUAAAGUGGAUAUGCGCAGUAAGCUCAUCAAAAAUAUUUUGCUGCCUCCCUUGGGUCAGGACUACCAAUUUGAAUCAUUCAAGGUAAUGCCACGCGCCCAAUCCGCUCACGCUAUCGUCAACGCUGGUUUCCUAUACAGACUAGAUUCUUCCAACAAAGUCCAAGGAGCUAGAAUCGUAUACGGAGCCAUGAACCCACACUUCGUGCACGCUUCUAAGACAGAGGGGUUCCUGAUAGGGAAGAAACUGUUUACAAAUCAGACGCUGCAAGACGCUAUAGAUGUUCUGAAGGAAGAAUUGGUGGUGGAAGAGAACCCGCCAGAAUUUUCGGCGGAGUAUAGGAAGAAGCUGGCUAUCAAUCUUUUCUUUAAAGGUCUCCUUGCCCUUUGUCCCGAAGGCGAUGUAGAUGAUAUAUUUGCGUCCGGUGGUAUCGUCUUGAGCAAAACACGUCCCGUCUCGAAAGCGGAACAGGACUACUCAACAAACCCUCUGAUCUAUCCGCUUAACCAGCCCGUGGAAAAAGUUGAGGCAUUGAUCCAGUGUGCAGGCGAGGCGCCAUACUCGGAGGACCUGCCAAGUUUACCACACGAGGUGUUCGGUGCCUUCGUGCUCGCGACGGUGCCGAAAGGAGACAUCGACAAGAUUGAUCCUAGUGAGGCUCUUAAACACGAAGGCGUUGUCGCCUUUUACUCUGCCGACGACAUUCCCGGAGUAAAUGGUUUCACACCCGGUCUCUUCCCAAAAAUCGACUACUUGUACCUAACGAAAGAAGAACUUUUCUGCUCCGGAGAUGUCAAAUACCACGGCCAUGUUAUCGGAGUAGUUGUUGCUGAAACCAGAUCUAUAGCAGAGUACGCUGCCAAAUUAGUACACGUUACGUACAAAAAUGUUACCAAACCUGUUUUGGAUGUAAGGGAAGCUAUCAAGUUUCCUGACAGAAAGAAAAAAGCUGGCGAGCAAGAUGGAACCAGUGCAGGUGGAAAUCUGUUCAAACUUAUCAAAGGAAAGCAAGCAAUUUUCGAGCAGCAGCACUUUUGUAUGGAGACGUUGGUGAGCGUGGCUAAGCCCACGGAAGAGGGUUUAGAGGUGCAUUGCACUACGCAGCACAUGGAUCUUGUGCAGAUGAUGAUAUCUCGAGCUCUUAAAAUGCAGGAAAAUAAGAUAGACGUAAUCGUCCGCCGCCUGGGAGGAGGGUACGGGAUGAAGAUCUCCCGCAGCUCGCAGGUGGCGGUGGCCAGCGCGCUGGUGGCGCACAAGCUCAACCGCCCCUGUCGCAUCAUCCUGCCCUUCACCACCCUCGCCAAGGCCGUGGGCAAGCGGCUGCCUUGCUACACUGAGUAUGAGAUUGCAGUGGAUCUAUUCGGCAAGAUUCAACUGUGCAAAGAGACCCUGUUCAUGGACAAUGGACACCAGAUCGACGAGCCGCUCUUCCUCCCCGUGCUGGACGUGUACAGCAACUGCUACGACAAGCUGCGCUGGAUCUUCCUGGUGUUCAGCGUCACCACCGACAAGGCCUGCAACACCUGGUGCCGCUCUCCAGGAACUUUGGAAGCAAUUGCUGCUUGUGAGUUCAUCUUAGAACGAGUAGCAUAUGAAAUGUCUCUUGAUCCGCUAGCAGUGCGUCUUGUCAACCUGAACCUUACCGACGUCGCGCUCGUAGAGAUGGUGGAGAAAGUAAAACACAAGUCAGACUACGCGAACAGGCGAGCUGCUGUUGACAAGUUUAAUAAAGAGAACAGGUGGAAGAAGAAGGGAUUGAGAUGGUCACUUCUUAAAUGGGUGCCAUUCUAUGGCCAAUAUUUUGAUGUCACCAUGUCAGUCUAUAAUGACGACGGUUCUGUCUCCAUAACCCACGGUGGAAUCGAGAUGGGACAAGGGCUUAACACUAAAGCUGUUCAAAUUGCUUCACAUUUCCUUGGUAUUCCGAUGGAUAAGAUUCAAAUAAAGGCCAAUCAUACCCAUAUGACUCCAAACAGUCUGGUGUCUGGGGGAAGUUUGACUUCGAUCAAUGUUGGAAUUGGAGUUCAAAGGUGCUGCGAGAUAUUGUUGGCAAGAUUGGCUCCACUUAAAAUUGGUCUACUGAACCCCACCUGGGAUUUGUUGGUUAAGUUGGCAUACAAGGCCAGUAUUGACCUUCAAGCGCACGCUUUCGUGUCACUGUUUGAUACGCAGAAGUAUGAGGUUCAUGGAGUGACGGUGGCUGAAGUUUUGGUGGACAUUCUGACGGGAGAGUGGGAGCUGCUGAGGGUCGAUCUUAUGGAAGAUGCAGGAAUGAGCAUCAGUCCAAGUAUUGACGUGGGUCAGGUGGAAGGCGCCUUCAUAAUGGGACUGGGUUACUGGACGACAGAGCACAUGGUGUAUGACCAGGAGUCCGGCGAGGUGCUCUCGGACCGGCCCUGGAACUACCACGUGCCGCAGGCACGGGAUAUCCCGCAGGACUUCCGCGUGUAUUUCAAGGAUAAGUCAUAUUCGGAAAAGAGGACGCUUGGAGCUAAGUCGAUCGGUGAGCCCCCAAUGUGCAUCUCGGUGGUGGUGCCACUGGCGAUUCGUGAAGCCAUCGCCUCUGCACGCUGUGACGCUGGGAAAGCGCUCAACGAGUGGUUCCAAAUAGGUACCUACCGCGCGUUACCGAUGGACCGUACACCAGAGAAGCUAUUCACAUGCACACAGAGACAGACUGCCGAGAUUUUAGGUUUAAGAAGAAAAUCAACCCUUUCCCAUUUUAACUGUUUGAUAAAAAUAUGUGCCUACUAGUUAUUGUGUACCAGAAAAAAAAUGCACUAGAAUAAUUUUUUGUGCAAAAAUGUUUGAUUAAGUGUAUGACGCAUUAGAUAAUUCAAACACAUUAAAUGUAGGUAUUUUGGUACCUACCUAUCGUUUAACUUGGUACUUAAUGCUUUUUUUAUUAUGCCAAAAACCAUAUUUUUCUUCUUUCUUGAAGCUUUCUUGUUUCGUUAUUUAAGAUAUUUAUUCCAUAAUGCAAAAUAAACUCAGCAUUUUAGAAAUAUCUAACAUUAACACAAUUAUUAAUACUUGUUAAAGUGAGCCGACUUUUCAAACAGAUAAUCAUACCAUUCCGCUAAUAAUACCAAUUUAAUAAUACCAAGUUAAUUUCCGCUAGCUUAAGGUUGUCUGGAAGAAAUCGCUCUUUAGCGAUAAGACCGCCUGUUGUUUACCUUUGUUCGUGUUUCUUCCUUGUUUUGUAUUGUUGUAUUUUAUCAAGGUGUGCAAUAAAGAGUAUUGUAUUGUAUUGUAUUGUACCAUAUAUAAGAAUCCAUAGAAAAAUAACUUAUAAUAAAAAUUGUAUACACAUAUAAAAUAAAUUUUCACUUUAGUUCUUAAAUAUUUACUAGAAUAAGUUUUACUCCC